UGUUUUUAUGUUUUACAUAUCAGUUCAUUAGAUUCAAGUACCUAAGAAUGUUGGAAUGAGGCUUUAAUGUCAACUUCCACGAGGCUCUUCCAAGUGGGGAUUGUGGUUUUUGCUUGAAAUUUUGUGUUUCUAUGAAGAAAUUUUCGCUUAGAUAUGUUUCUUUUACUUUUUGGUAUUACUGUUUACGUGUCAGUUUGAAAGUUCAGUUUAGGGUUGAUAAGUGGCAUUUCUUAUACGAUUUUUGCUUUGUCAUGCAUACAUGUGAGUGCAUGUCUUUCUUUGUUGUGCUCGGGAUGAAAUUUGAUUGAAAAUUAUAAUUUAUUCAGUUUAAAAAACAGACAUGAAACCCUAUAGUUUAUAGUUGUUUAAUGGUAACUAUGUGAGUGGAUAUGUCUUUUGCAUUAAGUUUCAGCACUUUUGGUAAUUUUUAACCUUUUUUUUUUGUUGAUUCUGUAUGUUAUGGUGAUUGGAUAUUUUGAUCGGAAUUUGCAUCAAUUUUGACAUUUUGAAUUAAACCGUAUAGUCAGAUGUUGUCACAAUGCAUGUUUUCUUUCCUUCUACAGCCAAUUUCAUGGUUGUUCUGGGUUUAUUUACUGCAUCAUUGAUCCAAUUAGUUCUUUUUGGGGUGACUUAUCACUUUCAGAUUAAACUACGCGGUGGUUCCAUUAACUCUAUUGUUUUUUUGCCAUGAUCUGAAUGACUUUUCUUCUUGAACCGUUUUCUUCGUCUUCCUGUAGUGUUUGCUGCAGAAGCUCCGUCCUUUAGAUUAUUUUGUCUUUUCACUGUUAACUGUGCUAGCUAAAGGUGGCUGUGUUUAUUGAACUAGCUUGUGUAGUCACGAUCCUUGAGAAGAUGAGUAGCUUGGUUGAGAGGCUUCGGGUUAGAUCAGAUCGAAAGCCAAUUUAUAGUCUGGAUGAAUCAGAUGAUGAUGCCGAUUUUGUGUCUGGAAAAUCUGGUAAAACUGAGAUGUUAGAAAGGAUAGUCAGGACUGAUGCGAAAGAAAACUCGUGCCAAGCCUGUGGAGAGAGUGAGAAUCUCUUGAGUUGCGAAACAUGUACUUAUGCGUACCACCUAAAGUGUUUACUUCCCCCAUUAAAAGCUGCUCCACCUCCUGACAACUGGAGAUGCCCUGAAUGCGUUAGCCCUCUGAAUGAUAUUGACAAGAUAUUGGAUUGUGAAAUGCGUCCUACUGUGGCUGAUGAUAAUGAUGCUUCCAAGCUGGGUUCAAAACAAAUAUUUGUGAAACAGUAUCUUGUGAAGUGGAAAGGAUUAUCUUAUUUGCAUUGCACUUGGGUACCUGAGAAGGAGUUCCUAAAAGCUUUCAAGUCCAAUCCUCGUUUAAGGACCAAGGUGAACAACUUCCAUCGACAAAUGACAUCAAACAAUAGCUCUGAAGAUGACUUUGUUGCCAUUAGACCUGAGUGGACAACAGUUGAUCGAAUUCUUGCUUGCAGGGGAGAUGAUGAUGAUGAGGAGUACCUUGUGAAGUAUAAAGAACUUCCUUAUGAUGAAUGUUAUUGGGAGUUCGAAUCAGACAUAUCUGCAUUUCAACCUGAAAUUGAGAGAUUUAAUAAAAUUCAGUCCAAAUCUCAUAAAUCUUCUGCUAGUAAGCAAAAAAGCAGCCUUCGAGAUGCUUUUGAGUCCAAGAAAAAAUCAAAGGAAUUUCAACAGUAUGAACAUAGUCCUGACUUUCUUUUUGGAGGCUCUUUGCAUCCUUACCAACUUGAAGGGCUGAACUUCUUGCGUUUUUCUUGGUCCAAACAAACACAUGUAAUUCUUGCUGAUGAGAUGGGCCUUGGUAAAACCAUCCAGAGUAUUGCUUUUUUAGCAUCUCUUUUUGAAGAGAAUGUUGCUCCUCAUUUGGUAGUGGCACCACUUUCAACAUUACGGAACUGGGAACGGGAGUUUGCAACAUGGGCUCCUCAAAUGAAUGUUGUUAUGUAUGUUGGCUCUGCCCAAGCCCGUGCAGUUAUAAGGGAAUAUGAAUUUUAUCAUCCUAGAAGUCAUAAAAAGAUCAGGAAAAAGAAAUCUGGUCAAAUUGUUAGUGAAAGCAAGCAAGAUAGGAUAAAGUUUGAUGUCCUGUUAACAUCAUAUGAGAUGAUUAACUUGGACACAGCAUCAUUGAAGCCAAUAAAGUGGGAGUGCAUGAUCGUUGAUGAAGGUCAUCGGCUCAAGAAUAAGGAUUCAAAGUUGUUUCUUUCAUUGAAGCAGUAUACCAGUUACCACCGCACUCUUUUGACUGGAACUCCUCUUCAGAACAAUCUGGAUGAACUUUUCAUGCUAAUGCACUUCCUUGAUGCCGGAAAGUUUGGAAGUUUAGAGGAGUUCCAGGAAGAAUUUAAGGAUAUCAGUCAGGAGGAGCAGAUUUCUAGACUUCAUAAAAUGUUGGCCCCACAUCUCCUUAGAAGGGUGAAGAAGGAUGUCAUGAAGGAACUUCCUCCCAAGAAGGAACUCAUUUUACGUGUUGAAUUAAGUAGCAAGCAGAAAGAAUAUUACAAGGCGAUUUUGACUCGUAACUAUCAAAUACUUACCCGACGUGGUGGUCCACAAAUAUCUCUAAUCAAUGUGGUUAUGGAGUUGCGAAAACUAUGUUGUCAUCCUUAUAUGUUGGAAGGGGUUGAACCAGAUAUUGAAGAUGCAAAUGAGGCUUACAAACAGCUCUUGGAAUCAUCUGGAAAAUUGCAACUGUUGGACAAGAUGAUGGUAAAGCUUAAAGAGCAGGGACAUAGAGUUCUUAUAUAUUCACAAUUCCAGCACAUGUUGGACUUACUGGAGGAUUACUGUACUUACAAGAACUGGCAGUAUGAACGUAUAGAUGGAAAGGUUGGUGGAGCUGAGAGGCAGAUACGCAUAGAUCGGUUUAAUGCCAAAAACUCUUCCCGGUUUUGUUUUUUGCUUUCUACCAGAGCUGGUGGCUUGGGUAUAAAUCUUGCUACUGCAGAUACGGUUAUCAUUUACGAUAGUGAUUGGAAUCCCCACGCUGAUUUACAAGCAAUGGCUAGAGCUCAUCGGCUCGGGCAAACGAACAAGGUGAUGAUUUAUCGGCUCAUAACUCGAGGAUCCAUAGAAGAAAGGAUGAUGCAGAUGACCAAGAAGAAAAUGGUUUUGGAGCAUCUUGUUGUUGGGAGGCUAAAGGCUCAAAAUAUUAAUCAGGAGGAGUUGGAUGACAUCAUCAGAUAUGGCUCAAAAGAACUAUUUGCUGAUGAGAAUGAUGAAGCAGGAAAGUCUCGUCAAAUUCAUUAUGAUGAUGCUGCUAUUGAUAGAUUACUUGAUCGUGAACAAGUUGGCGAUGAAGAGGCCUCAGUGGAUGAUGAAGAGGAGGAUGGAUUUUUGAAGGCCUUUAAGGUAGCUAAUUUUGAAUUCAUUGAGGAAGCAGAAACUGUUGCAGAGGAAGAAGCUCAAAAGGUGGCCGUGGAAAAUAAAAAUACCAUGAACAAUUCUGAAAGAACAAGUUACUGGGAAGAGUUGUUGCGAGACAGAUAUGAAGUUCAUAAAGUUGAGGAGUCCAAUGCUCUGGGAAAAGGAAAGAGAAACCGUAAGCAGAUGGUAUCUGUAGAAGAAGAUGACCUUGCUGGUUUGGAAGAUGUAAGCUCUGAUGGUGAGGAUGAUAACUUUGAAGCUGAAUUGACUGAUGGUGAUACAACUUCCUCUGGAAAUCAAUCUGGGAGAAAGCCUUACAGGAAGAGAGUUCGUGUGGAUAACAUGGAGCCAAUUCCUCUGAUGGAAGGUGAAGGGAAGUCAUUCAGGGUGCUUGGGUUCAAUCAGAGUCAGAGGGCUGCAUUUGUACAGAUAUUGAUGAGGUUUGGGAUUGGGGAUUUUGACUGGAAGGAGUUUGCAUCUCGCUUAAAACAGAAGACUUAUGAUGAAAUAAAAGAUUAUGGUACUCUUUUCCUGACUCAUAUUGCUGAAGAUAUAACCGACUCUCCUACAUUUUCAGAUGGUGUUCCAAAAGAAGGUCUCAGAAUUCAAGAUGUACUGGUUAGGAUAGCUGUCCUGCUUUUAGUAAGCAAGAAGGUGAAGGAUGCAUCAGAAAAACCUGGCACCCGCAUUUUCACCGAUGAUAUUAUCAUGCGCUACCCCACAUUAAAGGGUGGAAAAUUUUGGAAAGAGGAACAUGAUUUGUUGUUACUGCGUGCUGUUUUAAAGCAUGGGUAUGGAAGAUGGCAGGCUAUUGUUGAUGAUAAAGGCUUGACAAUUCAGGAGGUCAUUUGUCAAGAGUUGAAUCUUCCCUUUAUAAAUCUUCCUGUUCCAGGGCAAGCUGGUUCUCAAGUGCAAAAUGGUGCUAAUACAACCAAUGUAGAAUCAACAGGAAACCAGACUCGGGGAAAUGGCUCUGGGAAUGAUGUAGGAGGUGAGGUUGCCCAAGGAGUUGCUGAUGCUGUGAACCAAGCACAACUGUACCAGGAUUCUUCCAUUUUGUAUCAUUUUAGAGAUAUGCAGAGAAGGCAGGUUGAAUAUAUCAAGAAAAGGGUGCUUCUCUUGGAAAAGGGGCUCACUGCAGAGUAUCAGAAAGAAUAUUAUGGUGAGAUGAAAACAAAUGAGCUGGCAAGUGAAGAGCAAGAGAAUGGACAAAAGGUUGAAGACAUGCCAAAUGCAAGGUCAACAGAGAUCCCUUCCCAAGUGAUUGACCACUUACCUCCAACGGAAGUAAUUGCAUCUGAAGAAAUUUCAGCAGCUGCUUGCAAUGAUGAUGCAGAUCGAUUGAAAUUGCCUCAGCAUUACAAUAAGGUUUGCAAGAUAUUGGAGGACAACGUUGAAGUUGUUCAGUCAAGGCUGGAUUUGAAGAAGAACCUCCAUUCUUUGGAAGAAAUUUGUGGGGACAUAUCUUGGAUUCUUUCACCCGCACAGCACAAUCCUCAUACUUCAGAGAAGUCUGCACCUUCACAGAAGGAAUCACAGAGCACUGCAGCUGGGUCCAUUUCACUACCUAAUCAACAGCCUGCCUUUGUGACUGAAAUUGAGAUGGAGGACGCACCAAGGGAAUCUAAACCGGAGAAACCUGCUAUUGUGGACGAAAUUGGCAUAGAUUUAACAGGAUCUGAUCCACUUAAAGAUAGCAGCUCAGAUUGGCGCCAAGAUCCAAUAAAAAAAGAUAGUAAAUUGGCAUGUGGUGUUUCUGCUUCAGCGGAUUCAUCUCAGAUUGACUCAAAAUGUUUGUCACAAGAGACUAAUGGAAAUGAUGUUGUGACGAUGGAAGAAACAGGGAAUGAAGACAGCGGCAAAUCUGAUGCUAUGGCUAGUGGAACUGAGAGGGGAAGCACAAAGAAAUCUGGAGCGGGAGUCAUUGUUUUGGAUGAUUGAAUGCAUAGGGUUGAUUUAUUGAAACUUUCCUUGAUUCUCUUUUAAUAAUCCCGUUAGACAUAUUUUUAAAGGAUUCUUGCUGUUUUUGAAGAAAUUGCUUCAUUUUCAAAAUUCUAGUGUUCUAUGAAUAUUUAAUUUGCUUCAAUUUUGUUAUCUUAUAAAUCUCACAAUCCUCCGUAAAAUGUACUUGAA